AUGCCAGCAAACUACACCCCCGAAGAGAUCCAAAAAGCCCACGAGAUUCUCUACAAUGAAGGAAUCAAAAUGCGCUAUCAAGUCGCAGGCAAAGAAUAUGUCGACAAGUCCUUGGCAGCAGCGAGUAAUCCUUUUGCACAAGCGAUGCAAGAUUACGUCUCCGAAUCCUGCUGGGGAUCAAUCUGGACCCGUCCCGGGCUCCCCCUCAAAAUCCGCUCAUUUCUCAACAUCGCCAUGCUCUGCAAUCAAAACCGCUCCACGGAACUCGCCACACACGUCAAAGGCGCCCUGAACAACGGGGCAUCCGAAGAGGAAAUUCGCGAGGUAAUUCUGCAAGCGGCGUGUUAUUGUGGCAUGCCGGCUGGGAUUGAAGGCUUUCGCGUGGCGGGGCGGGCGGUGCAGGAAUGGCAUGAGCAGAAAUUGCGAGAGGGUGAGAUGAGUCGUGGGGAUCAGGAUCGGCAUUAUGAUGUGGAUGUGGCUAGUCGGUCGAAGGAGGAUUGA